UAUUGUGCAAAAUCUGCAUUCCCUCGCGCUAGGGUUUAUUUAAGCUUUUGGGUCGGGAAGCGCCGCCGGCGACGAGGAGGGGCUGCUGGGAUGGCGGACGCGGCCGUGAGGUGCCUCCGGGACGGACGCCUCGACGGGGAGCACGCGCCGGCGCUGGCCGUGCAGGGCUCCCUCCAGUGCUGCCCGCUCGCCGCGCGCGCCAUGCUCCACCUCGCGGCCGCCGUCGCCUCCAACGCGGCCGCCGGGAAGGCGCAGGCCAGGGGACUUGUGGUUGUGGCGUUUGACCGGAGCCCGGAAGUUUACCUGGAUUUCAUGCGGCGGAGCGGCCUGGAUUCAAACGCUUUGGGUCGAUGUGUUCGGAUAUUGGAUUGCUAUUCAGACCCGCUUGGUUGGAAGCAGAUUAUUCGAAGCCAGUCGCACCAAGAGGACAGUGGAACACCUUGCUCAACAAACGAAGGCAACAUCACAAUUUUCAGAAGCGUGAACGAUGUUGAUAAGUUGCUGUGCUCCAUGAUUGAUCUUGGAAGAGGAUUUGAAGGAGAGGGCAAGACCUAUUUUUCCGUUGCUGUCGAUUCAAUAAGCUCUAUGUUAAGGCAUGCUUCAGUGCAAUCAAUUUCAGCCCUUCUUAGUAAUCUUCGAAGCCAUGAUCAGAUAUCAUCAAUCCUCUGGUUAAUCCAUUCAGACCUCCACGAACCCAAGUUUUCCCGAGCUUUUGAAUGUCUUUCUACCAUGGUUGCUUGUGUAGAGCCAGAAGGUGUCGAUUCGGUAUAUGGAGAAGAGCAUAUGGGGAACAUAUCUUUCCUUGAGCAUAACUAUUCUAGAGCAAAGUUCAAUGUGCGCCUGAAACGAAGGAAUGGGCGAGUAAAACAUCUGUAUGAAGAGUUACAUGUGGAGGGGUAUGAUGUAAAAUUUCUUUCUUCUUUAAGUAUGCAAGUGAACCAGAGUCUGCUGCCUAAGGUCCAGUUCAAUCUUGAGCUGUCAGAUAAGGAACGAAGUGACAGGGCAAAUGUUGUUCUUCCCUUCGAACAUCAAGGAAAAGGCGAGCCUAUUCGUAUAUAUGACGGUCGGCGAUCUCUCCUAGAGGCUCAGCAAGAUUCAGACUUAACUAAAACAGCUCUCCUAGAUGAAACAAAAGCUCCUAAAUCUGCAACCGCAAAAGGUGAAAUUCAUUACAUUCGCGAUUCUGACGAUGAGCGACCUGACUCGGAUGAAGACCCAGAUGAUGAUUUGGAUAUUUAGCCACAAUAUGAGCUCAGAUUAGCUUAGUUGGCUAUCAAAUUGAAGGUGCAUCAGGUGUUCGCAAAAAAAGGCUAGGAGGUGAUUCACUUUGCUUGGGUGUCUGAUUGAGUGCAAACUUGUGAUUGAUCAAUUUAAGCAUCUGUAGCUUUGUCAGCAUCGGAGGGAAACCUUUGUCCAAGGGUUUGAAUGCUGAAGAAUAGAUCUGUUAGAAAGAAUUUGUCACCUCGAUUUUUCACCUUUUGGUGACGUGAUGGCUAGUGUGGCACCAUAACUGAAAUGGGUUCAUGACAAGAGAACUUGAUGAUUGAAGCGUAUACAAUAGUGUGUAAUUGAGUAUAUGUUGACUGAUGAUUCAAUAACAGUCUGAUGAGUAAACAAACUGUCUGACCGGAUUUUUGUAGCUUCUGGUGAUGUGAA